AGUAGUCCAUUGAUCUGCAGAUCCUUGUCUAACACAUUAAGACAUACAGAAAACAACUGAGACAGGAUGUCCUUACGGGUGGCUGCACUUCUUCUGUUGACAUCAGUCCUCUGGAGCCAUGCAGCAGGUGAGAUCCUCUCUUCUACUGCAGAGCUGCUGUUAUUAACUACUUUUACUCCAAGUUGUUAUCAUAGUAACUACUAUAAUAACGUCUUGGUUACAUGAUGCUGUGCCUUGAUCACUAGUUGGAAUACACAGAGAGGAUACACAGAGAGGAUACACAGAGAGAAUACACAGAGAGAAUACACAGAGAUACACAGAGGGGAUAAUCUAACCUGCUGUGUGUGUGUGUGUGUGUGUGUCUGCAGCAAACACAGAUGAAGCAAUGGACUGCUGCUUGACAACAACCAAUGCCAAGCUUCCCCGCAGAGUAGUGAAGUCCUACAGUAUCCAGACAGUCAGUGGAGGAUGUCGGAUAGCUGCCACUGUGUAAGCAACAUUAAGCAUUCCACACACUUGUUCAAUAGGUUGCCAAAUGUAACACCUCACCCUAACCACAAAUUAAUGUUUUCUGGCUGUGUGUGACUGCAUUGUUGCAACUGUGUCUGAUCUAAGUCACUUCUGCCAACAGGUUUGUCACGAGGAAGAAUCUUAGACUGUGUGCUCCUCCUGCCACCAAUAACAACUGGGUGACCAAACUCAUCAAGCAACUGAAGAGGAAAUUGCAGAAGGGAAAGGCCAGAAAAGGGAAAAAUGGUGAGAUUCUAUCUUAAAGUGUGAUGCAAUCCACAUUUAUCAAUUGUAUUAAUUAUAGAAAAAUAAAAGGUUUCAUGGUCAUCACCCAUUUUCUUCCUUCAACAGUGAAGUCCCACCGGUCUGUAUUAAACUGUUUCUCUAUGUGCAUUACUUCUCCUCAGGCAAGAACAGUAGACACUGAAAGACUGUGGGUAAUCCCUAAACAUGGAGCUCCAGAACACCUCCUGCAAGAAGAUUUUCCAGGCUGAUCCCUGAAACAAUGAUCAGCAGUUGGACACAUUUUGUCAAUGGCAUUUCAAGUUAGUUCUCAUUGUAGGGUGGAUGCACUGUGAUACUGUUGAAUCGAUUGAAUUCUCCCAGAUGCCAUUUUUCUUUUUGACCAACACUGUUUCAUGUGUGAUGUACGGCAGAGAAAACACUGCAUCUUUUCUAACCUUUCUCACAGUCACUUUAAGUCACUAUAAGCUUAAUUUUGUAUUGUAUAAAUACAUUUCAUGUAAAUAAAGUGUUUAUUUUUUAAAUAAAUAUUGCGUUUUUCAUCUCAG